AUGCAACACUCAGAUUUUUUCCCAAAUGCUUCCUCCUACAUUGGCCCGCAAAGGGAUCCCCCUCUGUCACGCACUGGCUUCAUCAUUCUGGCCAUCAUUAUGGCCAUUUUCACCGGCCCGGCCAUCAUACUCAACGCUACAGUGAUUAUUGUGUCCCUCAUGUACAAGCAGCUGAGGAAGCCGCUCAACUAUGCUCUGGUGAACAUGGCUGUGGCUGACCUGGGAACAGCGAUGACCGGAGGGGUACUGUCUGUGGUCAACAAUGCUCAGGGGUAUUUCUCCCUGGGAAGAACAGGCUGUGUGAUGGAGGGCUUUGCAGUGUCUUUGUUUGGUAUCACAUCUCUGUGCACAGUUGCUCUGAUUGCAGUGGAGAGGAUGUUUGUUGUAUGUAAGCCCAUAGGGCAGAUUACUUUCCAAAAGCAGCAUGCGGUUGGCGGUAUUGCCCUGUCCUGGCUGUGGUCCCUUACAUGGAACUUACCGCCCCUCUUUGGCUGGGGCAGGUAUGAGCUGGAGGGGGUCGGGACUUCCUGUGCACCUGACUGGCACAACCGAGACCCUCAUAAUGUCUCCUACAUUCUGGCUUAUUUUGCAGUAUGCUUUGCUGUUCCUUUUGCCAUUAUCUUGGCAUCCUACACAAAACUAAUGUGGACAUUACAUCAGGUAUCAAAUAUGGCCAGUGUGGAAGGUGGUGCAGUAGCUAAAGGAGAGACGAAGGUGGCAUUUAUGGUCGUUCUUAUGGUCCUGACAUUUCUGAUCAGCUGGAUGCCUUAUGCUGGCCUGGCCAUGCUGGUGGUCUACGACCCUGAUGUGGAGAUUCACCCGCUGGUAGGCACAGUGCCUGUUUACUUGGCCAAGAGCAGCACUGUGUACAAUCCCUUGAUCUACAUCUACCUCAACAAACAGUUCCGUAAAUAUGCAGUGCCCUUCCUGCUGUGUGGGAAGGAGCCGUGGGUGGAGGACGAGGCCUCUGAGAACGUCACCACCAUGGAGACUACAACCAACCAAGUGGCUGCUGCCUGA